AUGCGUCAGCAUGAAAUACAAGGUUUCCUGGUGGAAAUAGUCUCGCGUCGACACGAAUUCCCAAGUGAAGCCCAUCGGGAUGUUGCGAAUAGGGCAGGUCCUACAGUGACAUCAGUCGGAGCGUCAUUAUUGGAGCACAAAGAAAAUAUAAGGAAAGUCAAUUCUUCGUAUCGAAUCUGGCUGCAAUUUACUACUCACCAUACGAAACUCAUUAACCAGAUGACUUCCAACGUCAAUAGCAGCACGCAGGAAGCCCGUGCAAAAGCAGAAAAGACUGCACAAGCAGCGGGCUUUGAUUCACACCCCGAGCUCAUCAAAGCCACCGGGGUGCUCGAAUCGGAGGUGACCACUCUCACUGGAAGGCGUUACGCAGAUCGUCCUGAAGGCCUUGAUCAGUUCGGUGGCGAGGAAAGCGAGCGCCUACGCGUACAUAAUGUGGAGAUGCAAACCAGCUCGGGGAUAAACGAGGUCUUGAAGAAGUACGAAGGAAAUCCUGGAGGUGUUGAUACAUUUGGUGGAGAGGACACUGAGCGCAAGUUGUGACGGUGCAGAACCAGACAUUAGAAAUGUUGCACAAACAAAUGACAACUGUAUUUGUAUUCACUAUUGUAAUUUCAUCUAAUCG